AUGAUUCAGAUGCUGUUUUUUGCAAUAUGUGAAAUCAAGCCAGUCUUAUGCGUGGAGCCAGGCUGGCAGAGGGUGGUUCAGGUGGAUCUGGAGGUGGACGGUGUCGGAAGUACGGUAGGCAGCAGGUCCAUUUCCUGGGCAGUGGAAUACCCGGGCAUCAGGGCCGGCAACGAGGAAACUGAGACGCACAUCCACCUGGCACAGAAAGACCUAGUUGGCAUCGUGCCACUGGCUAUGUUUUCCAUAAGCGUGGAGCCAGGCUGGCAGAGGGUGGGUCAGGUGGAGCUGGAGGGGGACGGUGUCGGAAGUACGGUAGGCAGCAGGUCCAUUUCCUGGGCAGUGGAAUACCCGGGCAUCAGGGCCGGCAACGAGGAAACUGAGACGCACAUCCACCUGGCACAGAAAGACCUAGUUGGCAUCGUGCCACUGGCUAUGGAAACAGAGAUCCUGAACACCGCAGUGCUGAACGGGAAGACGGUGGCGGUGCCGGUGAAGGUGGUGACGGUGGGCACAGACGGGAUGAUUACAGACGUGUCAGACGCUGUGCAGUGCCAGUCCACUGAUGAAGACGUGGUUAAGGUAUCGGACAGGUGUGAUUACGUCUACGUGAAUGGCAAAGAGAUGAGAGGACGGGUCCGAAUGCUGCUGAACUUCACGUACGGUUACCUGAGGGCCCAGCUGGAGGUGAAGGUCUGGAUUCCCAAACUGCCUCUGCACAUCGAAGUUUCAGAUACGGAACUCAGUCAGAUCAAAGGCUGGAGGAUUCCCGUAAACAGUAACGCCCAGAGGUCAACGCGGGACAGUGAAGAUGACGAUGAUGAAGAGCGCCAUAGAUGUUGCAUGGGCGCAUGGGAGGCGCUGAUCAGUGCAUGGCUGCAGUUCAGUGAUGGCUCCAUGGCUCCUCUGGACCUAUACAACCCAGAGCACUUUGUUUUGACUGCUACUUCUCUGGAUGAGGAUGUGGUGUCCGUACGGCAAGAUGCAGCAGGCCGGUGGCCGGUCAUUUCUGCCCAUGCCGAGGGUCAAGGUCUGCUGGUGCACGUAGAAAUGACGGUAUCUGAAGUGUGUCAGAAAUUUAAGCGUCGAAGCGUCCUGGCGGCUGGAAACUGCAACAUCCGUGUGAAGUUUGGUCAUAGCGAAAGCGCCUUGAGGCCCGACGACUACGGCCAGGAUGGAGACGACAUGAACAACAGACCAGGAGACCGCAGACAGAACCCAUCUCUCCCGGAUAGGACCGGAAUGGACAACCACUACUAUGGAAGCUCCAUCUCAGACAUGGAGGACAGUAUCAUGAGAAGAAUCACCACCACAACCAAAACGGCAAUCAUGAGGAGACCAGGUGGAGACAAGCUCUCAGACGAUGGGAGCCAGUUGCCCGGCAAUCCCAUUGACUUCUCAGACUUCCCCGCUCAAGUGGACCUUCCCCGAGGACAUAACGUGGAUGAGGAUGACCUUCAAAUACCUCAUGGACUUACCGACCUUGAAAUUGGGAUGUACGCUUUGCUAGGCGUCUUCUGUUUGGCUAUUCUGGUUUUCCUCAUCAAUUGCAUCUCAUAUACUCUCAAGUACCGACACAAGGAGAUGUCGAUUGAGGGCCAGGAGAGCUUGAACCAUGCCCACGACUGGGUGUGGCUGGGAAAUGACGCCGAAUUUCUGGAGAGCCAUGUAAGUUUGUCUCCGCAGACCGAUGAGCACAUCACCAUUAUGGACUCCAGUUUAGGAGGGUUAGAAGAAGGAAGCCACCUUCUCAACGGCGGUUCUUUGCAGAAGAACGUUCAAGGCCAGGUGCACCGAGGAGCCGAAACGGCUACAGUCUGCACCGGGAAAGACAGCAAAGGUGAUUCACCAACGACCAAAAGGAAACGUGUGAAGUUUACUACAUUCACCACCAUCCCAGUGGAAAGUGUUAGUCCGGCUAAGGAAAGUCUGGGAGUCGAUCCUGACAAUGACAUUAAGUGGGUAUGUCAGGAUGUUGAGCUUGGCGACUCCAAGGAACUACGAAACUACAUGGAGAGGCUAAACGACAGUGCUUUAAAGGAAGUUGCGUAGUCGAAUCAUUGUGUGCGAACUGAACUCACCCUUUUGCCUUUGUAAUAGAGACGAGUACGAGCCAGGGAACAACUGCUACAUAAACCUUACUGAACACAAUACAUCAGUCAUUACAUAAAGGAUGUCUAGCGUUCUUUUGGUUUGACAUGCCAAUGGUAGGACAAAGCAG